GAAGCAGCUGAUGUUUCUGCACAAAGUCUCGUUUGGGAAGUUCCGAAACGUGGCUUUUAUUCGCACUUUCCUCGUCGAACUCCCGUUGGUGCCGCACAAAGAACUUCCUGCAAUAAUGAAAGAUCAAUCAGUAAUGCGGGAAAACACAGUUGCCUCUGAAAUUCGCAAGUUUAACUUGCUACAGGAGCAGCGAGUUCAUACAUAUAGACUUUUUGAAGAGGGGCACAAGAUAUAUUUGAGUACGAGCCCAAACUACGACUUCCCCACUUUUCGGCAGCUGGUUCAUGAUAUCACACAAGAAUUCAAGAGAAUAUCAGCAGAUAUCAUAGCUAUUGAGAAGAACCUUAGAUCUAGUGGUAAUGCUGCUGUUGCAGAUACAAUUCUAGCAAUUCAAGAAUGUGAAAAGAAGAAGUUAGAGUUGACCGCACACCUGCAGCUUGCACGACAGAUGGUUACAGAGUGCAGUGAAGGUGAACUAGAAAAGAUGAAAGAAAAGGAAAUUAGAGCCGAGCUGGGACAUGUUGUAGAAGAAAUAAAUGACCAUUUAACUGAGCUACGAUAUGAAGUUUACAACGGGGAAUAAUGAUGUGUACUUCUAGAUUUUCUGUUUGAGUGCCAUACUAUAAGUAGGUUUUAUCUAGCUUAAAGCUCAAGAUGGAUUAUAUAGAAGUGAAAUACAUCUUCAGUAGUGGGAAUAGUAGCUUGCAUCAGCCAGAAUCAUUAUAAAUAUUAAUGCAAGGUUUAAAAGCAGAUGGGAAUUAUUUUGGUGAGCCUGCAAGCUUAUGGUGGAAGAUAGAAUGGAAAGUAAAAGAGAAUAUUAAUGGGUUAAGCAAAGUUUAAUAAAAUAAUAGAUCUGAUUGCACAGAACUGCAGUGAAUAAGUCUAUUCUUAUAAUCAAAAUUGUAAAUGAAGUCAAUUGAAAGUAUCAUUUUGAAAGUACUGCAGUUUAUAGAUAGAAAUCUGUAAUAACAUGUAUUUUUUUCCUGUAUUAGAUAUUUAUGUAUAUUUUAUGAUUAUUGUAAUUUUUCUAGAGAAUUCCAGUUUAUUUACAGUGAAUCUCGUGAUACACCAAUAAAUAUUAUAAUUAGUCAAUAAAUAUUAUAAUUAGUUGUUACAAAUUGAGAUCAUAAAAGUGCCUUUUAUACUGAAAUUAUCAAAUCCAAGUGCCAAGGUGAACAAAUUGAGGAGGAAUAUAACCUAUUUCAUACAGAAUAUUAUUUUUUUUAGCCAUUAUUAUAUUUUUUUUUAUCAUUUUUCUUUGUGACAAAUUAUUUUCGUUUGGGGUAAGUCAUUGCCCUGGUUUGUUCUGUUUUUCUAAAGUAUUUAGUUUUUGCUUGUUCAGAGAUAUUUCUGGUAUAUCCAUUGUCAACAGUUUAUUAAUCUACUAUGAUAGGUUGUGAGCUUCAGUUGUUUUAAUGUUAGUUGACAAGAUUUCAGACAUGUUGAUGUAUGUUGAGUUUUCGUUUCAGAUGUGAAAGUUCCAUGUAAACAAAAAUGAACAACAUUCAUUAGCUAUUUUUUCUACCAAUAAAAAGUUUAAAGCAUGCA